GUCUAGGAAUUGAUUGUAGAUAAAGAGGGCCAAGGACAGAGCUUUUAGGUGCAACAAUGUUUCAUAUCUGGGGAGAGGAGAAAGAUUCAGCAAAAAGGAGAUUGAGGACAGCCAAUGAGGUAGGAGGAAAAUUCAGGGAGUGUGAUGUUCAGAAAGGCAAAGCGAUAACAUUAUACAAAAAGGGGGAGUGUCCAAUGGUGCAGGGAAGUCAAGUAACUGAUGGUUGCAUUUAGCCAGAGCAGUUUUUGGUAGAGUGGUUUUAGAAGUAGGUUGGGUUGGAAGCCUGAAUAGAGAGAACCCAGGAGAACAAAAAGUGAAGACAUAAGCUUAUGAUCCUACUAUGGCUGAAUCCCUGAGGGAAGCUUCUGGAAGCCUGGAAGUUCUAGAGGCCGGUGAUGAGGGAAAGAAGAAAUCCAAGUUUAAAGUCUUCAAGAGCUUCUUUGGCAAGAAGAAGAAAAAAGAGCCCGAGGAUGCCCGGGGAGGGAGGAAGCUAAAACCAAGCCUGUCCAGCGGCAACAUCAACAUCUCUGCUCUGAAGCCAGUUCAUGAAGAUCAGACUGAGCCUCGGGCCAAGAGCAACAUGGGGAGCAAAGCCCUGUCCCAUGACAGCAUCUUCAUGAUGGAUCCUGAGCCUGCAAGUAAAAUCUACCCCUCUCCAGAGCUCCAGAGAGGCAGAUCUCUGCAGAGAUCUUAUGUUUCCAGAACUCUGCCUAGAACCGGGACUGGUAGUCUGCAUCGAGCUGUUUCGGGAGUUACGUUUGGACCUUUGCUCCCAUAUGUACCCAGAAGUGCACUUUGGGCCGGGGGAUCCGACGUCACUGAGAGCCCAUCACUGCUGCCACGCCAACGAAGCAUCAGCCCACCUCUUAUCCAUUCUGACACAAUCUCUAAGGACUUUGAGGAAAUCUCUGUUGUUGAGGAGACACCUGAGAGCUCACCAAAGGACAUUUCAGAGCAGAUCUUGACAAUGAAGAAGGGGGAGCCAAAACAGGGGAAGCCAGGCGUUCCGCUGGUGUCUCAAGAAGAGAAGAGUACAACGACAUCCCAAGAAGCUGUCCAAAAGAAGCCGAAAAACGACAGUGCAGGUGCCUCAAGCCUGGAGCAGAGCAAGAAAACCGAAACUCCAGAUAAGAAGACAGCAGAGCAGACCGCAAACCUAGAGGCUGCUGGCACUCAGGGCUCCCUGUCGACGGCGGCGUUUGGAAGACAAUGUGCAAGGAGAGGUCCCGGUGCUAUAGGAAUGAGUGAGUGUGGGCUCAGAGGAAGAACCUUCAAACAGUUUUCUGUCUUCUCUGCGGACCUCUCUCUGGAGCAGUGCACAACUCCACCGGCCAAAAGCGUGACUCCUCAGGAGGGACUCUCGGAUAAAGAUGGCCCGGGAAAGAGAAAUACUGGGAUGGAUUUUAAAGCUGGAACCGCAGCAGGAGCCCGAUCUGUACCUGAAGACGUGGAAGGGUCCACGGUUGGCGACCCAUCGACAUGCCGUGAGGACGGGGCCCCGGGAGCCAACAGGCCAGAAGCCAUAGCUUCUCUCUCGUCAGCGGCAACCGAGGCCGAGGUGUUUAAGGAUCCUUCUCGCACCCAGUCGGAGAGGGAAGAAGCCUGCAGCUCCGAUUUGCAAGGUAUCCAGCUGAAAAUGGAGUCAGUUCAAGAUAUCCCAACUGUCUGCAGAGAAAAGCCUCCUGGAAAGUGUCUCCCGGCCUUCACAGCAGGUAUUUCGGCUCCGCAAAAUGCUUUGGCAAAGAGAGGUGUUUCUGUGGAGACGCCGCCUCUCAGGAGCCUUUCCCUGGCCGUGGCGAAGUUCCAAGCUGAAGAAGAGUCCUCUGAUUCCGAGAGUUCUUCAGAGGUGGGGGGUGGUUCUGAGCAGGUGCCUCCCAGGCCCGCUUUCCAGCAGGAGAAGCCCAAAGGUGACCAAAAAGUCUUCCCCAAACCAGGAAGUUCAGCUGUGGAACCGAGCCGGCCCGGGCAGCAGCUGGCUUCUAGAUCCCCUUCCUGGACUGUGGCGCGGCCCGAAGCUGAAGAGGCCUCCUUGGAUUCCGAGAGUGCUCCUGAGGACGAAGACACCUCGGAGCAGCAGGUGCGUCCCAGGCGCUCUCUCCAGUCGGCCGGGAAGCCCGACCGUGGCCAGGAAGUCUUCACGGAGACCAAGAGCUCCGCUUCCGAGGUCUUGGGGGAGCCCAAAGUGUCCACCGAGUGGCACAGUUACGCUGACAAGUACAAGAGUGUUGACCCUCCCCGGGCCCGGAAGGAGAAGCCCAAGGACCAAGGAGGAACCCCCUCAGUUUCGAAGAGCGCACUUAAGGAGUGGGAUGUUUCCAUGCAGCGGCUCGCUCUCCAACAGCUUCCUCAGUCCUUCGCAAAGCCGGCUGUUCAGCAGCAAGUGUCGUCCGGCCCGGCGAGGGCUUUGGCACAGCGGAGCGGCUCUGCGGAGCACCUGCUGCCCCAGUCCAGGACGGGCGCCAAGGCCGAGCAGCAAGCCUCGGCGUGUCUGGAGAGCACUGCCAGGGACUGGGGCCUCUCCCUGGAGCCGCUGCCUCCCAGGACCUCUUCGAAGCGCCUGAUGAGGCGUAAAGUUGGGCAACCGGUCUCCAAAAGUCCAGAAAUUGCUGUGACCCCAGGGGUCAAUCCCGCGGCCCUCAAAUGUCAUUCUAAGCCUCCCCCGAAACUCACGGCGGGGGAUGCAUUCCCUCCAGGUCCAGAGCACGUAUCUAUUUCGAAGCAAGUGCUGCCACCCAAGGGUCCUUUCUGGACCUCGCUGAGAUCGGUAGUUGAGAAACAAGUCCCCCCCGGUGCGGAAAGUGCUGUGGUUGAGAAGGACACUUCUAUGCAGCCGCUGGUCCCCAAACAUCAGUCCCCGAGGCAACCUCUGGUCCAGCGACAAGUCUCUGCGAGUCCGGAGAGCGCUGCAGCUGAGGGGGGCGCUUCUGGGGGGCCACUGCUCCCCAAACAUUCGGCUCGGCCCCUGGUGAAUCCUCAAAGCCAGCAGAUCUCAGAGAAUGCUGCGGUCAAGGAGGGCACGUCUGCCGAGCCGCCUCGCGGAGGCCCUUCCCAGCCAUCGGGGAGGCCCAGACUCCAGGCACAGACCCUCCCCCCCGACUCGGUGAGGGCUUCUGAGGGCAGCGGUCCUGAGGAGAAGAUGCCUCCCCCACCCACCUCCCGGGCCUGGGUGAGCCCCAGAGUUGAGCAAGAAGCCUCCUCGGGUUCAGCAAGUGCUCCCGCAGCACGGAGCACUCCGGUGGAGUCAAAGCCUCCCAAAAGCCCUCCACAGGCCCCGGGCAACCGUAAAUCCAAGCAAGCGGCCUCCACGGGUCUGGAGGGCGCUGUGGCUGAGAAGGGCGGGUCCAAGGCGCAGCCCCCGCCCAGAAUGUCUUCUCAGUUCCCGAUGAAACCCGUGGGGAAACAAGCAGUCUCUGCAGGGCCGGAGAGCAUGGCCGCCAAGAAGGAGGCUUCUGCAGAACCACUGCCUCCCAGGCAGUUUUCCAGGUCCCUUGCGGGACACAAAGUCCGGCAAAUAUCUUCAAAUUUUGAGAGCAAUGCUGCGGAGGGCGCCGUCUCCGGGAAGCCACUGCCUCCCAAGAAUCCUACCCAGGUCUUGAUCAGGUCUAAAGUCCAGGAAAUGUCCUUGCGUCUAGAGAACAAGGCCCUUGAAGGAAACAUGUCUAAGAAGUCACCGAUUCCUAGACAUCCUUCCCAGUCAUUUGUGGAGUACAUGACAGAACGAGUCUUUUCAGAGAGCCCCGCGGCCGAGUGGGGAUUUCACACGAAUCCCCCAUCUACAAAUCCACCUUCCAAACCUUCGAUGAGGCCCGAGGCCCAGUGCCAAGUCUUCUCAGGUCAGGAGCACGCCAACAUGGGGGGAGGCAUUUCCUCACAGCUGCUGCCUUGGAAAGGCCCUUUACAGUCCCCAGGGAGGCCCCAAGACCCCAAAGAAGUCUCCUCGCAUUCGGAGAGCGCUCCUGCGAAGUCGAGUGGUUCAAAAAAGCAGCCGCCUCCCAGAUACCUUUCCCGGGCACUGGGGAAGCUUGAGUACCAGCAAGAUGGCUCCCUGGUCUCUGUGAGCGCUCUUGAAGACGGGAAGAGUUUUGAAGACAAGCUGCCUUCUGGAGGCCCUUCCCAAGCCAAGAAGGGGCCUGAAUCACAACCACAUGUUUCCUCAACAGGCUCAGCGAGUGCGCCUGUGGGGUGGAGUUGUUCUGAGGAGCCCCUGCCUCGCAGAUCCUCCUUCUGGGCUUUUGCAGACCCUGAACAUCAGCAACAGGUUCCUUCCGGUUCCGUGGGCGCUGCUGCUGAGGGAGCCAUUUCUGGGAGCGACCCUAGCAGCCGGUCCGUCCCCAAAGGCCUGGCUUCUCCACACGGAACCAAGAAGCGUAGCCACAGCUCUGAAAACCUCGUUAAGAAUAUCCUGGCAACUGCUGCGAAACCCGUGAAGUUCACUGUUGCUCCCGCCAGCCAAACAUCCACUUCCGGGGUCACUUACCCUAAGGAGGAAGUUGUCAAGAGCAGUGAUCCAAAUAACAGCCACUCAGACGUGUCCACCACCGAGGCUGAUGUUGAAAACGUCUUUGGAAUUCGACUGAGAAAAAUCCCUACCUCGGACAAGUUCAAGGAUGAGACACAAGAUGACCGGACCAAGCUUUCUUCACUCUCCCUGGGCCCAGAGUCAUUUCCUGUACGUAAAGGGAAGCAAAUCAGAAGAAGCGCUUCCCAUGGGUUCCUGGGCACCGCAGAGCACCUCAUCCCAGGAUAUGAGUUUGCAGAGAAGCAACAGGACAGGCCCAAAUCUGAAAUCAUAGCUGGGAAUCAACCCGCUUACAAGGUCCCAGGAAAGGCUCCUGGUCGACAGGAAUAUUAUAGCAUCUCGGAGCCAACUUGGAUAACCGAGGUAAAGGAGAAGCAGAAGAGUUCUCAGGCCCUCCUUCCUAGGAAAGAGCUGAGAACCAAGAACAGAGCCGCGAUCAAAGAGCCUUCACGUGCGGGAGAUAUCUUAGAAGAUGAAAACCAACCGGCAAGUAGUUUUAUUUUCAACGUCAAUAAACAGGGGCAGGUGGCACUGAAGAAGCUACUUCAGCCUACCAAAGGAGGAUUUGAAGGUGAGGGAACGUUUCAAGAGCUCGCCGUGGGAAAAGGAAUCCAGUGCUCUUCCACUCCCCCAGCCAUGCUCCAAGAGCCGGUACAGCCAGAGGAGCCAGUCUGGUUCUCCAUGGCCAAGAAGAAAGCCAAAGCUUGGAGCCAUAUAACAGAAAUCAUGCAUUGAGUAGUUCCUGGGUGGAGAGUCAACAUUUCAAAUGAUAAUCGCCAAGCGCUAUAUUAAUGCCAAGUCGUGACUGACUUUUAACCAUUUUUCUUCAUUAAGCAAAAGAGCCUUAAGAUGGUCAUUCAAGCUAAUAACCGUUAGAAUGCAGCCAAUGCCAUGAAUGCCUAACCUUCAGGACAGUCACCGCCAACAUCUGAAAACCCAGCAUUUCCUCUAUAAAAACGAUGUAACAAUGUUUUCACUGCCAUACGGUGGGGAAAUCUUGAACGUUAGACAAUGUGCCUUAGGAGACGGAAAGCAAAAAACAUUUUGUUAGAGCAACUAAGACGCGGUCAUUUCCCUUGAUUAAAUAAAUUAAUUCGAAUGGAAAUGGCCAGAUGGCUUGGCCCAAGGAUUGGCUUUUAGGUUUUAUGAGCCUGGUUGAAUGUUUCAGUUCUUUGGUUCCUGCUCCAAGCUUUGCAAAGGCCCCUAGAGGAGAUGGUGGAACUGAAUCUCCGAGGAAAAUUUUGCCCAGCCUGUCCUCCAAUUAGCCAUUGCCCUUUGAAGCACCGCCCUUGUAUCCCUGGGGCUCCCCAGUGCCUGCAGCUUAGAGCUCCCUCUGUGCACAAGUCCCCAUGUCACAGGUCUGGUAGCCGUGAACACCUCCCACUGAGACAGAGAAUUUCUUGGGGAUUAUCGUCCUCCCUUAGAUGGUUAGUUCAUCAGUGUUUGACCUCUUGCCCCAAUGCCGCUGUGACUCUUUAGUUGCCGAGAGAUGUGCUGAAUGCCAUAUAGAUCUUGUUUUUUAAGCAAAGACCCAAUUCAAAAUCCUACAGACGCCAAAAACCACUUUCUAUCAGGCAGAUGGGAAGCCUUCCUGGAGGAAGUCUGGGGCCCCUGGAGAGCUGUCUUCUCUCUGGCUCUAGUUUUAAGGUGGAAAGCUCCAUGUAGCUCAGUUUCCAGUCUCUUCUCCUCGGCAGCCUCUGUUUCACGAGAUUUUAGCCCAAAGCAAGACCACAACCCCAAAGCCAUAGAACAGUUCACUUUCUGCCAACUGGAAGCCUUAAGUAAUUCCAUCCGCCUAGCCUCUGCCUGUCCUCAUUCCUGGAGGCACACACCUCAAAAGUCACUCGGCUAGACAGCCCCCACCUCCCCCAGUGAACCACUCACCCCAGAUCCCUUCCUUCCAUUCCAGCCCCCAAACACACCGAACACUAAGGGAGAGCUUCUUUUGGGUGCCUGGGCCGUACCUCGCUCA